AAUUCCUCGCCAAUUCACCCUCCAGCAUCAUACCAAGAGUCACUCAUCGUCCGCAAGUAUCGCACGCAAUGUCUUCCUUUGCUGAUGAGGUCGAGUACAAGCUCGAUGCCGUUGAGGCAACGCAGCUGGCCGCCAACGAAAUCGACAAGGCAUUUCGCCCAGCAUGCAUAGAUCUCGUCUCGGCGGGACUCGGCGGCAAGGUCCUUGGCUUCUCAGACGAAUGGUUCGCCGAGGCCAGCAACCUCCUAACUCCAACGGCGCCCAUCAGCCAGCCGGGCAAGAUGGUCUACACCGGAGCUUGGUACGACGGCUGGGAGACGAGACGACACAACCCCGAAGAGUUCGAUUGGGUGGUGGUCCGUCUCGGUGUCGCCUCGGGCAUCGUCAAGGGCGUCGAAAUCGACACGGCCUUCUUCAACGGCAACAACGCCCCCGCCAUAUCCGUCGAGGGCUGCUUCAGCGACAACGAUGACGAGGUCGUCUCGUGGAAAGGUGGCCGAGGCAAGUGGGAGACCAUCCUCAACAUUCGAGAGUGCGGCCCGUCACAGAGACACGGCUGGAAGCUCGACGUACCGACGACGAAGCAAUACACGCACGUGAGACUCAACAUGUACCCGGAUGGAGGCAUCGCCAGGUUCCGCCUGUACGGACACGCAGUCCCCGUGUUCCCCCAAGACAAGGAUGCAGUCUUUGACCUCGCGGCGGCGCAAAACGGCGGCAUUGCCAUCUCGUGCAGCGAUCAGCACUUUGGCUCCAAGGACAACCUGCUGCUGCCGGGCCGCGGCAAGGACAUGGGCGACGGCUGGGAGACGAAGCGCUCGCGGGGCAAAGGCCACAUCGACUGGACAAUUGUCAAGCUGGGAGCUCCGGGCUACAUUCAAGAGUUUCUUGUGGACACGGCACACUUUAGAGGGAAUUUCCCGCAGAAAGUGGCCGUCCAAGGUCUGUCGUGGAAGGGAGAGGGCCAGCCCGAGGCGGACUCGGAGGGAUGGAUCGAGGCUGUGCCGCCAAGCAAGACGGGGCCUGAUCAGGAGCACAAGUUUGCGUCUGCCAUUACGGAUGUGCCUCUGACGCAUGUCAAGCUGAUUAUGAUACCUGAUGGAGGAGAAUCACUAAAUCAUUGCACACAACCGUCACAUCCACAUACAAUUGCGGUUGAAGUAAUUGCUACCAGGCACUCUGGCUCUGCCCCUCCUCCCACCAUGGAUCUCGGGGACUCUGGCGGCGAGGCCCAGCGACGGACCAUUCCGGCUGACUUGCCCACGUCUCUGGACGAUCGCAGACACGCGGCGGGAGAGUUUACGGUGCCGGAGACGGAGAUGUACGAUGGCUGGCAAGGCCAGUCCCAAUUCCUCACAUCGCCCGUGCUCGCAAAGCCCCUCAACUUUGGUGACCUCUCCCUCAACGAUUCGAACGAAAACGACUUCAUCGACAGCGGCCCCAAGGACAGCGACGCCAGGCUGAUGGAGAUGCUGGCCGCCCAGGCCGCGCACCGCAACGAGGCGGCGCUGGAAGACGAGGACGCCAUCAUCAACAACGACAAGAUGACCGAGUCCGAGAAGAAGGACAUUCUACAGAGAGCACUCACCAUGGCUGCCAGCAAUGGCGACACUGAAAGGGUCAAGAAGCUGCUCGAGGGCGAGGCGAAGCCCUUUGUGGACGUCAAUCUUGCCGACGACGACGGCACCCCCGCGUUGAUCUACGCCAGCUGCUUUGGUCACGAAAAGGUCGUCGAGGCUCUCAUUGCUGCCGGUGCCAACGUCAACCAGCAGGAUCGCAAUCAAUGGACGCCUUUCAUGUGGGCAAUGACGAACCGCCACAAGGGCAUCGCGAAGCUGCUGCUGGACAAGGGCGCAUCUUCGGAGCAAAAGACGUCGUCCGGGCGGACCGCGUUCGACUUUGUUCCUCCAGACAGCGACAUGUCGUUUUACUUGCAUGACAAUGGCUACACUAUCGGGAACGCGGGCAUGGGCGGCGACUUUUACAAUCCCGGCUUCUCACAGGACCGCUUUGAGGAGGAGAUGGCGGAGAACGAGAUGCGGAGACGACUGAUGAUGGAGAGUGCCCGCGAUUUGGAGGUUGAUUUGGGAAACGUUGGCAUGGACGAUCAGCCAGAGACGAUGGACGACUUCGAAGAAGAACAGCAAGAGUUUGACUGGAGUCGCUGCCUCCACGACCAGAUGUUUGUCUUCCAGGAGCACGAACUCGAUCGGAUACUGGAUAUCGUCGUCACCAAAAUGACGCCCCAGCGGUCGCCGUCGCAGAAGCCGGUACCGGCAAACAUGAUCUUUCUCAGUGCGAGAUACGCACAUUACCACGCCAGUCCCGAUCUGCUGAGACGACUGCUCGUGUCUGCAAUGCAGCGCAUCAAUGCCGUUGUCGAAAAGUCCCAGUGGGAUAUGACCAUUUUGGCGUUUUGGAUGUCCAAUGCCACGCUCCUCCUACACUACCUCAAGAAAGAUGCUGGAUUGGUGGAGGCGACGACCACAUUCCAGGCACAGCUGGCUGAGCUGAUCAAUGAGAUUUUUGUGCUGAUUGUCCGGGAUGCCGAGAGACGACUGGACAAGGUCCUCGAUCCUGCCAUGCUAGAGCACGAGACUAUCCCCGGAUUCGAGGAUAUCGCCUUCCAGAAUGAGUGGAAGAUCUUCAAGAGAAAGUCUACGGUCAAGGAGCAGCCUCUCGAGAAGCGCUACCGGCCACCGUCUCCCAAGCAGAGAGCAAAGCCGGCUCCCCGAAAUGUCACUUCCCUGCUGUCAUCGACGCUCUUCGUGCUAGACCUGUACGAUGUCCACUCAGUCAUCACGGCACAAAUCAUCUCUCAGCUUCUCUACUGGCUUGGGUGCGAGCUGUUCAACAGGGUCAUGUCCAACCGCAAGUACCUCGCCAGGACAAAGGCCAUGCAGAUCCGCAUGAACGUGUCCAUGGUGGAGGACUGGGCACGAACAAACAAUAGACAGGCGGAACACUACGAAGGCGGCGAGAUGGACUCAUCGGGCGAGACAACAAUGGACGCGGCCAAGCGACACCUCGCCCCGGUGAUUCAGCUGCUGCAAUGGCUGCAAUGCUUCUCGUCGCUGAAUGCCGAUGACCUGGAGGCCCUCGUCGACACUCUUCAGCAGUUGAAGAGGUUGACGCCGCAGCAGCUGAUUCAUUCCGCCACGCAUUACCGACCCGAAGUGGGCGAAAAGGGGCUGCCGGCUAGCGCGAUGAAGUAUUUGCUCGCGAUCCAGAAAGAGACUGCGCUCAAGAAGGAUCGGCGUCAAAGCACGACAGAGAGCCUUCCGAGCACGCCAGUAACGGGCAGCUUCAAUGGAAACGGGCUGUCGACCCCGAGGAGCGUCAACAUGAAAUCGCCCAGCAUCAGGGGCGCCGAUUCAGACGACGAGGACAGCACGCCAAAGGGUCUGCUGCUGAACCCGGCUUACAUGCUGCCCUUUGCGCUGCCGUCGGUCACGGACAUGCUUGUCUCGUACGGGGCGGGCUUUGGAGGCGUCAACAGGGAGCGGGAGCGCAAGUACAUUCCGACUGUGCCGCCCGAGUUUUUGGAAAAGCUGGAGGUGAAUGGGACGCGGAACCCGCCCAUGUUCCAGGAGAAGGAUUGGGAAAAUGAGGAGGUUUGA